CUUGGGGCUGUGGCUGGUGUCGAGAGAUGGUGGCAUGGGAUGCCUUGCCUGCCUGCCAUGGCGAUGGUACGAGCGAGCCACCUCGCUCGGGGUAUAUUGUAGAGGGUGGGCGUAUUUAUCGACAGUAAUUAUCUGUACUUAGCGCUAUUAAGCGUGCCUCGUGGAGUGGAGCUGUUGCUCUGGAUGAAAGCUGUACUAAAUUCCUGCUGUCGAGGCUAGUUCAGCUCGAGGGGACGCGAGCAGAGCCCAGCACCACCGAGCAGCGAGCGAGCAGACCACGCAGACGAGCGCUGAGCUCGCGGGACGAUACUCAGGCCCCCUCUCUCGAGGGACAAGAGGGAGAAGAAGAAGAAGAAGAGGAGAGGAGGCAGAAGAGGGGACGAGGAGGAGGAGGAGGCAGGCACGCAAGGGAUGAAGGGAUGGUAGGGUGGUGUGGGCGAGAGGGCGUUUAAGCAGCGGCAGGAGACGAGAGAGGUGAGCAGAGGCGAGCGAGCAGAGGAGGAGGUGGAGGAGGAGGAGGAGGAGGAGAUGGCUGGACCGAGCUCCGGCGACGCUGUCACUGCAGGAUGCGACUUCUCUCCGCGCGCUUCGAUGCCUGAGGACGCACUCGUUCUUUCUAGGCAUCCAGGUUUGGCUCUCAUGCAGCUCGGCGAGUGGUGGUUUUUUGGCGAUGUCGAACGGAAGUAAGUGAGUGAGUGAGUGAGUGGCACGACAUAGACGAGCAGAUUUUUAUCACGCUCGCUCACGAGGAGUCAGGGGCAGGUUCUAGAGCAGCUGCAGGGAAAGGCAAGGCCAGGCAAGGCAAGGUAGAGAACGAGAGGGCAGGGCAAGGCAAGGCAAGGCUUGGCAGCCGGACAGGCAGAGCAGAGCAGAGCAGAGCAGAGAGCAGGACAGGGCAAGAGAAGAAGACGAGAAACUCUCGACGAAAGCUUCGUCCAUUCGUUCGUGCUCAUUCGGUGGCCCGUGUGCCACGACCCCCGCCCCAAUGCACUCGCACCAAUCUCUGUUGUGAUCAGCCUGCUCGUCGCCAGCUUUGGCCUUGGGCCUGCAAGCGGUGGGUGGGCGGGGCGUUUGCAAAGCAGGCACGCGUCGGGAGUGUUUCCAUGUAAGAGACGAGCCGCAGCAGCCAAGCAGUCGAUUCCGUGAGCCAGGAUCCUGCCGGAGGCUAGAGCAUGGAUUACAGCAGGGAUUCGCCGGAUCGGCGAGGGCCGAUGAUACGAGCGCCGCCUAUGAUGGAGAGGACGGGGCAAGGAGUGCGGACGCCGCCGGCGACGAUUCGAGGGGCGAGUCCGUGGCAGAGCACACCACCAAGGUACUCGGCCAGUCCCGGCUAUGGUCGUUAUUCGCCCGAUUACGACGAAGGGCCUCGGCGAUUCGCCGGGGAGAGUCCCCCGUCGCCGUAUCAGGUGCCUCCGCCCCCUCCGCCUCCGCCAGCCUUCUUCGACGAGAGCCCCAGGCGCUUCGGAGGCAGCCCGGCCGAGCGCUACCCCGACGGCCCGCCCCCGCCCGGCUUCCAGCGCGAUCACGACAGCCCCCCGUACCGCUACCACUCGCCGCCGUCGCCGGGCUACGCCGACGAGGGGCUGGCCCGGUUCGGCGGAAUCCCGCGCGCCGCAGGGCGCUACUCGCCGUCGCCGCGCGACGGCGCGCUGCGCACCUUCGAGACGCAGAGCCCCCCGCACCGGUACACGGACGAGAGCCCACGCAGAUUCGCCGGGGGCCUGUCGCCGCACCAUUAUCUGGAAGGCCCCGAGGGCUUCGAGGGCGCGUCGCCGCAGCAGUACCUCGAGGGCGCCUCGCGCACCCCCCGGCGCUCGCCGCAGCGCUACCUGGAAGGCCCGCCCGCGCGCGACAGCCCCCCGGGCGGCUUCAUCGACGACGGCGGCCGACGGUUCAGUGGCGGAGCCACCCCGCCCCGGCUGCUGGAGGACGGCGUGACGCGGUACCCGGGCGAGAACACUCCCCCCCGGCACUUCGACUCGCCGGAUCUCGUCGCCCGGUACGCCCAGGCCCGCGCUGCCGGGGUGGCGGACGAGGACGAGCCCGAGCCCCGGAAAUUCUCCCGGAGCAACUCGCCCAGCCCCCAGAUGCCUGCCGCCGGCGGCGGGGGCUUCUACGCCGAGGCCCGUGCCCCGCGCACCCCCCCGCGAUCCCACUUCGACGGCUCGUCCGUCUACGGCUCGCCCACCCGCGCCUCCGUCUUCGGCGGCUCCUCGGUGGCCGACGGCGGCUCCGUCUACGGCUCCCCGCAGCGCGACGGCUUCGCCACGCCCCGCGGCAGCAACUGGUCCAGCUCCGCCGGCAGCAGCCCCCCGACGCCGCCGCGCGACGCCCGCGGCCACUCCUCGCCCCCGCCGCUGGCCUUCCAGGCCGCUGCCGCUGUCGCCGCUGCCCCCGCUGCAUAUUCCGAGCAAUUCGCCCGGGUUCCGUCGCCCCCCACCCCCCGGGGCGACGGCUCCCCGCCGGACGAGUUCUACGGCCCCCCGCGCACCGGCUACCGGCGUACCUGGCACCCGUCGCCGACGCGGGGGCUGCGCGAGAAGCUGAGGCCGCAGGCGCAGGCGCCGCCGGUGGCCAACGUGGCGCACCCCUACCUCAAGGAGGAGUACUCGUUCCAUCUUCCCCUGCCCCGUCGGCACGCCACCGGCUACACCAUCAGCACUCCCCCCCGAGAAGACUUCAACUAUCCGACGCGCGAUCCGGCCGGGGACGACGCCAUCUACACCUCCGAGCUUCCCCGCAUUUGCAUCGACGAGAAGCUUAAGGAACAAACUCCUCACCAAGGGAAUCCUGGGAGUGCGACCGGUGGUGGGUGGAAAGACUUGUGGGCCGCUGUCAUCUUUCUUCUGCAUCUCGGAGGAGUGGCCGCCAUCAGCGUGGUUUUCGGCCUCAAAGCACUGACCAGCACGAUUGAGGAGUUCGGCACCCCCGGUGCAUUUCGAAUCAUCGAUUGGUUCCCUCAGUUAUGCGCGGCUGGCAUUGCCGGGGCAAUUUUCUCGUGCCUCUGGCAGAUGGCAUUCAGGAUCGCUCCUGUGGGCAUGAUCAUUUUCACCAUCUGGUCCGGUGCUUUUGCCAUGAGCAUUUUCGGGAUCGUGUUGAUUGCCACAGGGAAGACCACUGGACUCAUCGGCUUGGUCUUCUUCUUCGCCGGCUUAUCUCAGUGUCUCUACGCUUUUGUCGUCCGACAACGGAUACCCUUUGCCGGCGAUCUGCUAAGGAAGGUCAUAUCAAUUUUGAAUCGAUAUCCAUCGACGUACUUGGUGUCCUACUUCUGGGUGCUGAUGGGCGGUGGUUGGACGGGCCUGUGGAUUUUCGGCAUAUCUGGAGUGGCCAAGAAGCAGUACCACUCGUUCAUUAUCGUGGGAUACGUCGUGAGCCUAUGUUGGACCAUGCAGGUGCUGCGUAAUCUCAUCCGAGUCGCCGUUGCAGGCACCGUGGCCCAUUUCUAUGUUCACGAUCACGCCAACAUGCCCUCGAUGCCUACGUACAUCGCCCUUCUGCGAGCCUGCACCAUAUCUCUGGGCAGCAUAUGUUUCGGUUCCAUGAUCGUCCCUCUGGUUGAGGUCCCAUGUCACGUGCUACGACGAAUCAGCGCACAAGGAUCAGCAAGCGAGUUCCUGUUUUCCUGCGUGGCCUGUUUCUUGCACUGUUUCGAGAAACUCAUCCGUUACUUCAACAAGUGGGCUUACAUUCAGGUGGCUAUGUACGGGAAACCAUUUGUGAGAGCAUCGAAGGACACAUGGGAUAUGCUCAAAGCACAAAAUGUAGACUGCAUGAUCCAUGACGAUCUGAUCGGUUCAAUCAUGCUGAUAUCGUGUAGUGUGGGCGGGUCCCUGAGUGCCAUUGUCGGAGGAACUUGGACUUUUGUCGCGCAUAAAAAUCUGACCAUCUCCAUCGCAGUGGUGUCUUUCUUCAUUGGAUUCUUAUUUACAUACCUGACUCUGGCAGUCUACGAAAGUGGGGUUUCCACGUACUAUGUGAUGUUUGCCGAAGAUCCCGACUCUCUGCAGCGGAACGAUGGACCACUUUUCGAGAAAAUGUUCGUGCGGCAAAUGGAGCUAAACCCCAAAGAGUAUCAAAACCCCGUCGUUCUAAUUUAAAACUCUUUCUCGCACCAUAGAGAAACUCGCGCAUGAGGAUUGUUGAAUCAGAUUGCUCUCUAGUAGGGGAUUUGUAGGAGCGAGUAAUUUUCAACUGCUGCGCACGGCCUUGUGAACGAUACAUUUGAUUGUAAGUAGCCAGCUGUUGAGUGAGAAAUGUCUUGAAAUUAUUAAUGGGGAGACUUAAACUCCCACAUAGAGUAGAGCAGCGAGUGUGGCAUUUGUGCAGUAUACUUUCAUGAGUUACGGGUCCGUCACGGCCAAAGCCAUGAUUAAUUUUGCAGGAAGCUUAGUUUAGCUUGUAGAACCGAGGUGGAAAUGGAUUGUCGAGAGGCUAGUGGAGUGGAUGGUCUGAUUACCCAACUGGCUGUGUUAACGACAGCUGGAAUCAUCUGUACAUAAAGGGAAUAACUCUUUCGGGUGCAGAAUCAG